CCCACCUUCACCACCACACUUUCACUACAUCUCAAUUGACACUCCACUUUCACUCCAAACCUCACUACCACCAAUCCAUCAACAUGCGUUUCCAAGUCUUCUUCGUCUCGGCCCUCAGCGCCGCCGUCGCCAGCGCUCAACUCGUGUCGCUCGCCAACUCGAUCGCCUCUGAUGCCCAGAGCGUCGGCCAGAGCAUCGCCUCGGAAGCCCAGAGCGUCGGCCAGAGCGUCGCCUCUUCCAUCGGCUCAGACAUCAACUCAGUCGCCUCCAGCAUCAACUCGGACAUCACCAGCAUCGACGCCUCCUUGACCAGCGUCGUCGCGUCCAUCACCCAGUCCCUGGCCUCGCUCACCACCGGCUCGCUCGCUCAGUCCGCCCUCUCCAAGGAGUCCGGCCUCGUCAGUAGCGCCGAAUCUGUCGCUAGCUCCAAGGCCUCCUCCGCCGCGAGCAAGGCCUCAUCCGCCCUCUCUUCCGGUCAAUCUGCCGCCACUGCGACCUCCACCGGCUUCGCUGCCCCCAACCAAGUCCCCGCCAUGGGUGGCCUCGCCGCAGGCAUCCUCGCCGUCGCCGGUCUCUUGUAAACACCUCUCACCCAAUCUCAUACGGAGGAGCUACACCUAAGCGCCACCGUUAUCUGACUUCAUGGCAUAUCAGACGCGCCGCUGCAUGGGCGUAGCCAGCUCGAGGCAUCACACAUAUCUGCGGUGUUUUUUGGCGGCGGGAGGAUGCAUGUGGUAAUCGGACUCUUUCGGGAUUUCUCAAAUCAAAAAAGGUUCACACUUUCAUCAUGGCUGUAUUGUCUUUAGCAGGAAUUUAAAAAAAAAAUUCUA